CCGCGAUGGGAGAGGGCAUGUCUAAGCGGCUGAAGCUGCAGCUGGGCGGCGAGGCGGACAUGGAGGAGCGGGCGUUCGCCAACCCUUACCCGGACUACCAGCCUCACGGGGCCGCCGCCGCCGCCGCGCCGGCCUCCAGCGCCGCGGAUACCCAGCGGGACCCCGCGCCCUGCCCCAAGGAGGAAGAGUCCCUCCCCUUCGAUGCGGACGGGCAGAUAAGUUAUCAGUUUACAAGACAGAUCCAGACAAAAAUCAAGGACCUGCUGCAGCAAAUGGAAGAGGGCUUGAAAACAGCAGACCCGCAUGACUGUUCUACGUACACGGGCUGGACUGGUAUAGCCCUUUUAUAUCUGCAACUCUACCGUGUCACAACAGACCAGACUUACUUGCAACGGUCUCUUGAUUAUGUGAAGAGAAUACUUCGUAAUCUGAAUGGAAGAAGGGUUACUUUUCUCUGUGGUGAUGCUGGACCCUUGGCAGUGGGUGCUGCGGUUUACCACAAACUGAAGAAUGACAGUGAAUCUAAAGAGUGUGUCACAAAGCUGUUGCAGCUCCAGAGAACAGUUGUCAGCACAGAUUCUGAACUUCCAGAUGAGCUUCUUUAUGGCCGAGCAGGUUACCUUUAUGCCUUGUUGUACUUGAAUAUGGAAAUCGGUCCCGACACUGUGCCGCAGUCUGUUAUUAAAGAGGUAGUUGAUGUCAUUAUUGAAUCAGGCAAGAACUUCUCAAAGGAGGAACAUAAAACCGACCGCUGUCCUCUUUUGUAUCAGUGGCACAGGAAGCAGUACAUUGGAGCAGCCCAUGGUGUGGCUGGGAUAUACUACAUGCUAAUGCAGCCAGUUGCAAAUGUGGAUCAGGAUACCCUGACGGAGCUGGUGAAACCAAGCAUUGACUAUGUGCGUCAUAAAAAAUUCAGAUCUGGGAAUUACCCAUCGUCGUUAAGCAAUGAAACAGACAGGCUUGUCCACUGGUGCCACGGUGCCCCAGGAGUCAUCCACAUGCUUAUGCAAGCUUAUAAGACCUUUAAAGAGGAUAAAUACUUGAAGGAUGCCAUGGAAUGUAGUGAUGUCAUCUGGCAGAGGGGUUUGCUGAGGAAAGGCUAUGGAAUAUGUCAUGGGACUGCUGGAAAUGGCUACUCCUUCUUAUCUCUCUAUAACCUAACUCGGGACAAAAAGUACUUCUACCGAGCUUGCAAGUUUGCAGAGUGGUGUUUAGAGUAUGGUGCUCAUGGAUGUCGUAUUCCCGACCGACCUUACUCCCUCUUUGAAGGCAUGGCAGGAGCUAUUCACUUCCUUUCGGAUGUAUUGGUACCAGAGACUUCCUGGUUUCCAGCAUUUGAACUUGGACCUCAAAAGAGAGAAAACAAAGUGGAACAGGACAGCUAAGAGAUCCAUUUGAAUGGAAACUAGAUACCAAAAGUGAUGAGACUGUCUAGUGCCUCUGAUACUGACCCAACUUUUAAUCCUAAACAAGGGAAGUCCCUUCUCUCACCGUCUUCUCCAAAGGACCACAAGUCAUUAGAGCAUGAAUGAAAGAAGAAGCCACAUCCACGUUUCGUUGAAGUGUUGCCUUCAGUGGUGGAGAAAGAAACAUUAAGUUCUGAAUUCUUUUUUUGCAAUUGUUCUCUUCAGGUCUUUCAAGUGUUUGCAUGUUUCUUGGUAUUGUCUGUAGACAUGAGUCUUUUGCGGUAGGCUAAACGCUCUCCAUUUGUGUGAAUCCUAGUCCUGUCCCUUUGUGCAUGAAUAGCAGCACCUUUUUCUGCAGUGUGACUACUGAUACAAUUCUGUUUGAUGUGACCAAUGAGAGAAUCUGGAUAGUAUAGUGCCCAAAUUUAAUACCUGCUUGUCUAAAGCGAGUUGGUAAUUUUGAAACAAAACAAAGCGUGUUUGUAUUACUGCUUUGUUUUCUCAUCCUCUACAGAGAUGUUUAAUGAGACAGGCCUAAACUUGAGUAAGUAGUAAUUCUCACACAGCAUUCAUUUCCUGAACUCAUUACUGUCCCCCAAAAUAGAGGCAUCCAAAAUCAUUAAUGGAAAUUGUAAGCUUUCCUGCUUUUAGAGCACCACUUCUCUAUACAGUAGCAGCAGGAACAUAUUAUUUCUUGUUCUCUGUUGAUAAGUGCUUUAGGGACUGCAUGCUGUUAUCUGUUCCAGCAAACAGUAGAACAGUGAGAGCAUUUCUAUGUCUCUUAUUCACGUCCUUUGGUUUAUAAUAAGCACAUCCUGUGAAGAUGUGUGAUCUACAAUAUGCAAGUAAAUGUAGGGAGAGGCCGUGGAAGCCUCUUGCUGGUAACUCAGAAAUUAGCACCACUUCUGAAAUCGGAAAAUUAGUUUUUCUCCUUUCACCUUCUCUUUUUAAAUUUGAAGAGUCUAGUAUGACAGGGGCAAUAGUUAGCCUUGUGGGAGGCACAGAAGUAUUAAUAAGCAAAACAACCUAUCAGUGUUGACCUGCAGUUGAAAUUUGUCUUAAAAACCUCAGUCCCUGCAGUUGAGGCUUGAAUUUUCAUUUUAAUACUUUUCAUUUUAAUACUUUCAUUUUCAUCGUGUGGUGCAUUAUCAACUCACCCUAACAGUACGGUGCAGCUGUGUUACACCUUUGUGUACUCAUGAGUUUCUAGGCCUCUAGUUCACAAAGAGAAUUGAGCUCCUUUAAAAUAGGUGCCAACAGCAAAUGGUACAUAUAGCUUUAUGCUCUCUUCUUCUGUUCUGCCCUUCCAGGUGUCUCAUUUUAAUUGACAUCUACUAUGGACAUAGUCUGACUAAUAUCGGAGACCCAAUUAACCUUUCAUUCAUGUGCUGACAUAAUUAUGAACUCUGCCUUCAUAUUGUUGAGUCACAGGCCGGUCAUUAUAAUCAGUCUCAGAACAGUAAUACAUGACUUACUUUCCUUCUCAGGCAUUACUUGCAAGUUAUUAAGUUAAGACCCUGUCUUAGUUUCAUGUCCCAGUGGAAGCAGUACAAGUGGAAAAGCAAUCUAAUACAGUACAGCUCACAUCUUCACAUCUAGUGUUGGUCAAGGUGGGUCUGUAGGACAUAAACAGCAUGAGAGAAUUUGCAAACCCAGUAAAAGACGGGCAUCCAAGGCUGGCUGCCAUUCAGGAAAGGGGAGGGAUGGAAAUACAGACAUAGGUAACAGGUUACUUAGUAGAGAAGGAAAGAAUGGAAAGGUGGUGGUAAAAAGAACAUGAACACUCAAGAAAGGGGCCAUGAAGAAUUAUCUGACCUGAGCAGGGGAGGACUACACUGGGGGAAUUGGACUGACAGACCAAUUUUACUGAGUUAAAAGGAGCAAGAGGACUUACCACCUACCAGCUGCUCUGAGGUAGCUGUUUCAUAUAUCUGCUCCUGUCCUGCAACACACAGGUGAACUAUGGUCCUUUACUCUGUUUCAUUCACAGGUAGAUUGUCCCAGGUCAUCUUCCAGUAGCCACAGUUAUUGUGGACUUGAUGCACAGCAAAUCCAUUCCCAACCCUGUUUAAUUCUAUCUAAUUAGUUAAUUUCUCCAUAACCUGCAUUAAAUGCAUCUAAGAAGGCCAUGCCAACUGGGCUGUAUAUAGUUGGCAUAGUUAGGGUGAGAACAGUUUAUGUUCCCUCUGAUCACUGGUCUUGGCAAGUAUGCUAUUCAGUAAGGAAAUGGACCUGCUGUGAAAACCCAUUGAAAUAACAACCUGGGCUUCAGCCUGCUUCUCUGGUGGUUCACCUUACCGACUACUUUUAUUCCACAACUGUCAUGCAACAAUGGAACAGACAAGUCUAGGUAGGUAAGGCAGGGUUUGUCCCUCACUGCCUUCUUCUCAAACUGCAAGACCGCUAUACAUAUGCAGCAGAAUCUCAUAAGGAGGAAGUGGCAUGGAAUAUAUGUGCUCUUUCUAGAGGCUAGUUUAAAAAAAAUAACAUAUAUGUAUUAAAGCUGUUCUGUAACUAGGCUAAUCACUGGGAAAAAAAUGUUCAGUGGUCAAAACAAGGCCCAAGACAGCUGCCAGCUCUCUGCCUGUAUCUAUGGCUGCACCCUCCCAGACCUUUGCUGCUGAUCAAAGCUGGCGCCAUUUCCCUUGAAAUUCUCUUCGUGGGCACUAGCUACAUUGGAAAUGUACUGUGUAAAGUAAGACAGAUACAGCAGUCUAUUGCUCUCAUCUUCACACAUCUUUUGCGAUGGAUCCUUCUUUUUGUUACUGCAAGCUUUGUGAUGCACGGAAGGCAGUGGGCCAACAGGAGUGGAUGUUGUGUAGGUCUGCCUGUGUAUUUAAACAGCAAAUUCUAGGAUUUUCUUCUUUUUUUGUGUGCGUGUCCAGGAUCCACAGCUAGCUAAUAUUUUAAAAUGUCUUAAGAGUCCUUGGUUUUGCCUUGUCCAUGUGUAAUACUCCAUCUCUUGCAAAAGAACAGCAGUGUUGUUAAAAUCCAAGAAGCUCUUUCUGUAGAACAAGAAUUUGCUAAUGUUUGGUUCUUUGGUUUUAUUAGUAAAAUUCAUUGUGUGUGGCGGUAA